UCUUAUCAAUAGGAAGCAAUCGCUCAUCGGUAGUUUUCUACUAAGUGUAUUUAGUUGUGAUUUCCUUGGUAAUAUGACUGCAGUUUUAGGCUAUUGGUUUUGUUGCGUCCUAGGCUUCUUGUUGCAAACCAACGGGGACAUCAUACGUCCGGUGUACGAAUGGAUUAAUGUGGAAUAUGAUUACCCUUCAUUGGAUGCGAGGAAGUACGCCAUUGGCAAGGGAGAGUUUGUCAAAGGAGCUUCGCGUAUAAGCGACGUUGACGUACACUAUUUCGAAAACAACACUCGGAGGGUUUUUGUAACCACUCCCCGUUUGGCAAAUGGUGUUCCAGCCACUUUGGGAGUAGUUCUCGAUCGGACGUACGAGGGUAAUCCAAUAAUCGCCCCUUAUCCGUCAUGGCAGUGGAAUUCCAACGUGUCUUCAUGUCCCAGGGACCGCAUUGUCUCAGUGUUCAGAAUUAUGGUUGACAGUUGCGAGCGCGGUUCACGACUGUGGGUGAUGGACUCUGGUUUUACCUCUUCUUACAAGUGUCCCCCGCAAGUGUUGGCCUUCGACUUGGAAACGGACUCCCUGAUUCACCGCUACGAGAUUCCACCCUCUCAACUUCAGUCAACGUCGGUACUGGCUGUUGUACUGGCCGAUGUUAGAAAUCCCAGUUGUACAGACACCUUCAUUUACAUAGGUGACACGAGGGGGUUCGCAAUAAUUGUGUACGAUGUCUCACGGCAACGCUCUUGGAGGGUGACCCAUAGAACUAUGCAUGCAUCACCCGACUUUGGCGUACUAUGCAUAGCAGGCGCCCAAUUCGAGGUAAUGGACGGAAUACAAGGAAUGGCCUUAUCGCCACUGCACCAAAUGAAAGAUCGCGUUCUCUUCUACCACUCACUGGCGAGUGACUCGGAGCAUUACAUCCUGAGUUCGGAAUUAAGAAACAACAGUCAAUCGGCUGGCAGCUUUAAAACUUUCUGUGGACGACGCUCAACCCAGAGCUCUCCCAUGGCCGUUAGCCGCGACGGUGUCCUUUUCUUCGGGUUAAUGUCGCAUGCCUCAUUAAACUGCUGGGACACGUCGAUGGUUUACGCCUACCCCUUUGUGAAAAAUGUUUAUUCCAAUUUCACUAGUUUGCAAUUCAUCAACGGCCUUAAAAUAAUCAUCAACAACGAUGGUAAAGAGGAGUUGUGGUUGGCAAAUACUCGAGCUCGGAGAAUGGCAGGUGGAUCGUCGGACGAAACAACGGUUAAUUUUAGAGUACAAAGUGGCGACGUUGCCACCAUCGGUAGCAAAGCUGGAUGCAGGAAUACUGCAAAUGAUAUCCGGGUAAACCCGGUAUCCCGAUUUCAGUCAGGCACCUGCUCGGUUGAGUGCUCUGAAAUGCUGAGUCCCUAUGAGCUAGCCACAGCUUAAGACAUGCGAUUUUAUUAUAUGUAGCUAGUAAUAUUUAAGGUUUUACACUGUUUAUAGCGUGUAUUAAAUUGGAGUGUUUUAUACAUGGUCCUGCAACAGUGCG